CAUCCCCAUAUAACAACAGCAGCAUACCAUGGGUCAGAAGUUUUGUACUCUCCUUUAUAAGUCACCAGGAUGACCUCAUACCUACCGAAGAAGAUACUGAAAAUUACUUGGAAGCUGGAUCAGGAGCCACCAACCAGACUGGAUUGUUCUUGCAUGAACAAAGAACAGUGUCAGUGCAAACAGCAAGAUACCUCACUAGUCCAUGGCUGACACGUUUUGUUCCUUCGGUUUACACCUUAGUGCUUGUGCUGAGUCUCUUUCUCAACAUUACAGCAAUACUCGUGUUUCUGAAAAAAAUGAAAAUUGAAAAGCCAGCUGUAGUAUACAUGUUGAAUUUGGCCUUUGCAGAUGUCCUGUUUGUAAGCGUGCUUCCUUUUAAGAUUGUUUAUCACUUUUCUGGAAACAACUGGGUUUUUGGACCUCACAUGUGCCGUUUCGUCACUGCUGCCUUCUACUGUAACAUGUACUGUUCAAUAAUGCUGAUGACAAGCAUAAGCUUCGAUCGCUUCUUAGCAGUGGUGUAUCCCAUGCAGUCUCUUGGGUGGCGUACAUUAACACGUGCCUCACUGAUUUGUUUCAUCAUAUGGCUUGUAGCAAUAACUGGGGUUAUACCUUUCCUCAUCAGAGAGCAAACGAUGGAAAUACCCAAGUUAAAUAUAACUACUUGCCACGAUGUGCUACCGGAAUCUGAACUUCAUGGCUAUUACCUCCACUUCUUCACCAUCUUCUCCUCUGUGUUUUUUAUAGUGCCAUUUAUAAUUUCUACCAUCUGUUAUGUGUGUAUCAUUCGAUGUCUUAGUUCUUCUACCAUUGUUGCAAAACAAAAUAAGAAGACGCGUGCCUUGCUCUUGUGUGUGGCUGUUUUUUCUGUUUUCGUUAUUUGCUUUGGACCAACAAAUGUCCUCUUAUUAAUUCAUUAUAUCCAUUUUUCUUACGACAACAGCUUGGAGUAUCUCUACUUUGCCUAUCUGCUCUGUGUUUGUAUCAGCAGCAUUAGCUGUUGCAUUGACCCCUUUAUUUACUACUAUGCUUCUUCACAGUAUCAGAGACAAGUUUUCAGUCUCUUCAAUUGUAAAAAGACUUUUGAUCCUAACAGUAGUAACAGCAGUGGCCAGUCAAUGUCUACCACCAGUAGACGGGCUACGUACUCUACUGAUGUGAAUAACAGUGUCUGCAGGAAGUUACUAGCAGUCCAUUAA